AUGGCGUCCGGAGAUGACUCGCAAUCGCGGAUAGAACUAUAUGAUUCUGCUUUAACUCUGCCCUCUGACUCAGAGAACUACUCAGCAAACAAUGAGCUGUCUUUAUCACCCCACUCCUCUUCCAGUUCUCCUAUCAUCCUCUACAAGCCGCCGACAUUCUGGGGUUUCCUGCGAAGCAUGGCUAUCAAUCUUGUCCUCCCGUUUGUCAAUGGCUUGAUGCUGGGAUUUGGUGAAUUGCUGGCUCAUGAGGCUGCAUUCAGGCUAGGGUGGUCUGGUACAAAGAUAUUUCCCACUCAUCGGCGAUCGCAUCCGCUCGGACCUGGUAUUGAAGUCCGCGAAGCCCCGCGUGAGACGCGGCCACGGAAAAGUUCCUAA